UUCUAUUUCUUCUUUCUGCGGAGAAUCCGAGAGGGAGAAUGAUGAAGACAGCGAGAGUGUGUAUCAGAGAAUCGGAUUCAGAGCGCAGUGUAAAUGCCUCCAGAGAACGAGUAUUAGGUUGACUCUUUUAAGGUCUGGUUAAUAGGCGGAGGAUUUUCUCCAAAUGACUAGCUAGAAUUGCCAAGUGCCUCCUCCGCUGGUACAUUAUGGUGGGAUACGGGAUACCCACCACUUUGUGUAUUGUGGUGAGGGUUAUCCAGAAGCUGGGUGCCAAAAUAGAUCUUCCUAGUGGAAAUAGAAGGUUAAUAAAGUCAUUAUAGGUGUCGUCUACAUUAAUCAGCAUUUACAGGGUUUUACUGGGUUUUUUUUUUUCAGUUUCUUCUCUACUAACCAGUUCUUUGAAGAAGCUCUGUGCUGCGGAGUUUAUCUAAUCGUCGAUUCAGGAUAUGGUUGGAUUUUCUCACACCAUUGACCACCUCAAACCUUACAAGAACAUCAAACAAGAGGAAGAACUUCUUCUUCCCGACCCUGAUUUCCUUCAAUAUUCAAUACCACUGGUUAACUCUUCUAUCCCUGAUUUUGAUUUCAUAGACGAGUGGCUGAAAGAGACUGAUUCUAUGGAUACUGAAGUUUCGCUUAAACAAAUUGAAGUAAAAUCUGAGCAAACUGAGCUUUUAGGUUCUUUGGAGAUCCCUUUAGUUCAAGAAACUUGUAAAGGAUCAAUUGGUGUUGAUUCUUCUAUUGAGAUAGCAUUGGAUAAAGUUAAUCUAGUUGCAACCUCUGAGAGUUCUGAUGUUGUCGAUAUGAACAGUGAGGCUGUUGUUACUUCUGGAAGUGGGAAUUGUUUGCUUGAAAAGAAUUUGAUGGUGAGUGGAGGAGGAGGAGGAGGAGGGAAUAACGUUUUUUUGGGUGAUGAUCUGACAACUUCACAUGAUAAUGACGGUGAAGGUGAUAAAGAGAUUAAUGAGAUGGUAAAAGAUAGCAAAGAUGGUGAUGAUAGUAGUGUGAGUCUGAGGACGAGGAUGAUGAUGAGGACGAAGAUGAUGAUGAUGAGUCUGAGGAUGGGUCAUCUUCCCGUAGUGAAUUAAGUGAUGAAGAGGAAGAGGAGAUGGGUGAUGUUGAAGAAGGGGAAAGUGAGGAGGACGAGGACGGGUUCUCAGUUAAAGGACCUAUGAAGUCCAAGAAUGAGGUUCAGGAUCUUCCUCCAGUUCCGAAAGUGGAUGUCACUCUAGAAUCACAUCACCAGACAUUACCUGUGGGAGCUGUAUUGACUAUUAUGGAUGCUAAAGUUAUUGUCCAAGGGGUAGAGCAGCACAAUCCUCUGAAUGAAGGCUCUAUUCUUUGGAUAACAGAAAACAGAUCAGUGCUUGGGUUGGUAAAUGAAAUUUUCGGGCCUGUUAAGAACCCGUACUACGUUGUUAGAUACAAUUCAAAAGAGGAAGUCCCUGCUGGAAUUUCUGUACGUACCCUAGUCUCCUUUGUUGUGGAGUUUGCUGAUCAUGUCCUCAAUGACAAAAAUAUUUACAAGAAGGGGUAUGAUGUGUCUGGUGAGAACGAUGAGGAGUUGACUGAUGAGGCUGAAUUUUCGGAUGAUGAAAAGGAAGCUGAGUACAAGAAAAUGCAAAGAAUGGCAAAGAGGGGUCCUUCAGAUGAUAAGAAGCAUUGGAAGCGAGACUUUGUUGAUAAGAAGAAGUUUCAGCAGAAGCCUAGAAAUGUGAACAACAAUCAAAUUUCAUUCCCACCUUCAAGUGUUCCUCCUCACCAGAUCCAUGGUGGUUCCAGUAGUUCUUCAUCCCCUUUUGGAACAGGAAUGGCAAAUAAUUUUAGGCCUCCUUUUGGCCCAUCUACCUCACACGUCCCACAUGCUUACAGUGGUCCUUCUCCACAGCAGCAUCCACCGCCUUCCAACAUGGGUCCUGCACCACAGCAGCAUCCACGGCCUUCCAACAUGGGUCCUGCACCACAACAGCAUCCACUGCCUUCCAACAUGGGUGUCACACAACAACAGCAUCCACUGCCUUCCAACAUGGUUUGGCCACAUGGGCCGCCGUAUCAGCAGAACGCCGCUUUCCCCAUGAAUGCAAUGCCAUUUGUCCCAUAUCAACAACCUCAGCCGUCCUAUCAUCCACAAAUGUUUACAGGAUUCUCAAGUGGCCCCCCAAUGCCACAGCAUUUCAAUCCUAGUCAACCGCCAAUAUUUGGUCCAAUGCCAUAUGGGCCAUCAAAUAUCCUGCCAGGAAUGCCACCAGUUAUGCCUGUGUUCAUGGGGCAACCUGGAUUUGACCAGGGAGCUAUUCAGAUGGGUUUUCAGGGUUUCCCUCCACGCCCACACAUGAGCCCUGGAGAGUAAGGAGUUCCAUCCCAGGGAUCACUCAAUCAAACUCAUAUAAAUGUGGGAGAGCAAGGCGUUCAGUCUCAAGGAUCGGAACCAUUACAUGAGCAGAACAAUGGAGUGCGAUCAUCUUCAACACAAGGCAAUUAUUCAGCUCAGAAUAGGGUUAAUAAUCGGGGAGCAGCACGUGGAAGAAGGCCAUACCGGCGAGGUGGUUGGAGGGGUCGGCAUUAAAUGAGGCAUGCUUCUGAAAGUAUUAAACUGGCUUGUAAAUAUUACUUCCAUGGGUACUGUUUUAUUGGCUUUUAUUUCCUGUCAAGGUUGCCUAUCGGGGUGAAAAGGCUAGCACAAGCUGGGGCCUGAGCCAGUACCCGGGACUCAGUCCGCAUCUUUAAACCCCAAAUGUUGAUCUUGGAUUCUUGGAAACUUGAAGCAUGGAGUGUUCAGAGGGUGAGGGGAGACAGAGAAACCUAUGUAACUCUAAUUUUCCUGUAUGUCAAAAUUUACCAACCCAUAAUCUGUAAAAUAAUAUAUCACCGGAUGUAUAUAUCUUAUGAUUUCAGUU